CUUUUCACCAGUUGGUGGCGGUGACGCGUCGAUGCGCUGUUGGUCUGACGCUGCAACAAAAAAAACUCCCGAAGAAGAAAAAGGAGCGGAAGCCGUGUGGAGAUCAGCUGCGCGAGCCUCGAGAUGGGAGACAGCGAUGACGAGUACGACCGCAGGAGGAGAGACAAGUUCAGGCGGGAGAGGAGCGACUACGACCGGUCACGAGAGAGAGAGGAGCGGCGGAGAGACGACUGGAACGACCGGGAGUGGGACCGGGGCAGGGAGCGGCGCAGCCGCGGGGAGUACCGGGAUUAUGACCGAGGUCGUCGGGAGAGAUUCACCCCGCCGAGGCACGACAUGAGCCCGCAGCAGAAACGCAUGAGGAGAGACUGGGAUGACCACGGGGCAGACCCGUACCGUGGAGGAUAUGACCUGGGUUAUGGUGGAGGAGGAGGUGGAGGAGGAGGAGGGCCCAGCUAUGGCCCCCCGCAGCACUGGGGCCACCCUGACAUGCACCUCAUGCAGCCUCAUCAUGGCAUCCCCAUCCAGGCGAGGCUCGGGAACAUCCACGACAUGGAUCUGGGUCCACCUCCGCCCAUCAUGAAGAGCUUUAAGGAGUUCCUGCUGUCUCUGGAUGAUUCCGUGGACGAGACCGAGGCAGUCAAACGGUACAACGAGUACAAGAUCGACUUUCGCCGGCAGCAGAUGCAGGACUUCUUUCUGGCCCAUAAAGACGAGGAGUGGUUCAGGUCCAAGUAUCACCCGGACGAGGCGAGCCGGCUGAAGUCGGAGGCCCAGAGCGCCCUGCACAACCGCCUGAACGUCUUCAUGUUCCUGCUGGAGAACAGCUGGUUUGAUAACGUCUCCCUGGACAUCGAGCAGACGCCGGUCAUCAUCAAGGUUCUGGAUGCAGCUGUGAUCAAGAUGGAGGGAGGGACGGAUCACGAUCUUCGCAUCCUGGACCUGCCGUCUGAGGAGGAGGAAGAGAGGGAGAAGUUGGCGUCCGCUUCAGGAGGCGCUGAACCUCCCAAGAGGGAAGACGUCAAAGCCGGGGACGGCGACCGCAAACCCUCAGUAGAGAAAGACAAAAACGAGAAGGAGGAGAGCGACGCCGCCGGCACAGAGCGAGCUGCUGCAGCCGAAGGCGAGGAUGUCAAAGAGGAGGCAGAGAAGGAAGCUGCCAAAGAAGAAAUGCCUGAACCCAAGAAGCCGAGAAGAAAGAGGAAGCGCAGCGGAGACAGCGACGAUGAAGGCAGCGCCUCGGAGAGCGACUCCGACUCUGAUUCAGACUCUAAUUCAAACUGCUCCGACAAACCUGUGAAGAAAGAAGAGGUGGAAGACAAGGACGAGGAGGAGGAGGAGGAGGGCGAAGAGGAGAAACCAAAAGAAAACGCUGAAGAAGACAAGAAGGAGGAGAAGAAGCCGAAAGACGACUCUCCGAGGCCGAGGCCUCUCCACAGGACCUGCUCUCUGUUCAUGAGGAGCAUCGCUCCCUCCAUCUCCAAGGCGGAGAUCAUCGCUCUCUGUCGGAGAUAUCCUGGUUUCCUGCGUGUUUGCCUGUCUGACCCUCAUCCAGAGCGCAGGUUCUUCAGACGUUGCUGGGUGACGUUUGACCGCAGCGUCAACAUUAAAGAAGUGUGCUGGAACCUGCAGAACAUCCGACUGCGAGACUGUGAACUGGCGCCGGGCGUGAACAGGGACCUGGCCCGGAGGGUGCGUAACGUUAACGGCAUCACUCAGCACAAGCAGGUGCUCCGCAAUGACAUCAAGCUGGCCGCCAAGCUCAUCCACGCGCUGGACGAGAAGGGGGAGCUGUGGAGCAUCAAGUUCCAGGAGGAGGGGCCGAGCUCAGAGCUGCCAGCUCAGAACCCCAUCUUGAAGAACAUCACAGACUACCUGAUAGAGGAGGUGAGCGCUGAGGAGGAGGAGCUUCUCGGCUCUGGGAGCGGGAUGGAUCCCGAGGAGAACGCCAAGGAGGGGAACCCCACAGAGACGACGGUGGAGAGGGACGACAAACUGGCCAAGGUUUUGGAUCGUCUCGUCUUGUAUCUGCGCGUCGUUCAUUCCAUCGAUUACUACAACACCUGUGAAUAUCCCAGUGAAGAUGAAAUGCCGAAUCGCUGCGGCAUGAUCCAUGUCCGAGGACCCAUCCCUCCAAACCGCAUCACACACGGAGAAGUGCAACAGUGGCAGAAGAUGAUGGAGGAGAAGCUCAGCCCUCUGUUUAGUCUAAAAGAAAUCCUGUCAGAGGACGAGGCGGCGAAGAUGGGUCGAAAGGAUCCCGAGGAGGAGGUGGAGAAGUUCGUGUCCGCCAACACUCAGGAGCUGGGAAAGGACAAGUGGCUCUGCCCGCUGAGUGGAAAGAAGUUCAAGGGUCCAGAGUUUGUGCGGAAACACAUCCUGAACAAACACGGAGACAAAAUCGAAGAGGUGAAAAAGGAAGUGUCGUUCUUUAACAACUUCCUGAUGGACGCCAAGAGGCCGUCGCUGCCGGAGAUGAAACUUCCUCCUCUCCCAGUUCCAGGUCAAGGUCUGCUUUCUCCCAGCAUGCCAUUCCCUCCUCAAGGUCCUCAGGGUCCAAUGGGCUUCGGACAACCUCGCCCUCCACUGAUGGGCUACGGCGGCGGACCUCCGUAUCCCCCUAACCAGUACGGAGGAGGAGGAGGCGGAGGAGGAGGAGGAGGAGGAGGCGGCCGAGGCAACUACGACAACUUCCGCGGACAAGGUGGCUACCUGGGAAAGCCACGCAACAUCAGGUGAGAGCACUAAUGUCUCGAGGUGAUCCACGCAACAUCAUCGAGUACCGCGACCUGGACGCUCCGGACGACAUGGACUUCUUUUAGGUCGACUCAGACGUCCGUCUUUGCAGUGUUAUGUUCGCUUGCUUUCCGCAGUACAUCACAAUAUUUCUUUUCUUAAAUGUUUUUUUUCUAAUUAUUGUGCAACUAGAACAGACUUCUGUUGUAAACUGGUUUCCUCAAUAAAGUUCCGUAGUGAUCCAACUACA